AUGCGGCGCGCUCGCGAGGGCCGGUGUCCCCACCCCGCCUCAGCCUCCGUCACGCUCAGCCCCCCUCUCCUUCUCCCUCCCUCUCUCCCUCCCUCCCGCUCGCCGCCGCUGACGGCUUUGCGCAAGGCGGCCGCUGGCCGCGCGGUGGACUCCUGGUGCGGAAGCGGGUUCCCCGCGCGCGCGCACGUGCGGGCGGGCGGCGGUGCUCGUCACCCGGGGGAGAACCUGCGACCAGAGCAUCUCUCUCGUAUGCUAUCAGGAGAGGAAAGGGCCUUCGGAGAGUGGGGCGGUGUUCCAACAGUGCCAGAGGCGUUGAAUGGUGUGAAGACAUUACGACUUUUAGAGGCAGCGGACGAUGCAGACACGAACUCUGGAGAAGGAACUAGAUAA